CUAAUCAAUCCGAAUAUAGUCUUUUACCUCAUUGAACUUUAAUAGUUAUAACUUGACAUAAUUUAUAAUUUUUAUGAAAUUGUUGUAAUGGAUCAGUCUACUGUUUUACAAUUGUUGGAUAGUGAGUUGAAGAAAAUCAAAGACUCCUGCAAUGUACUCACUGAAUUUUCAGAUGUAAAGAAAAGUAUUUGCGAAUUAAUAAACGAAUCAGAAUGUAAAAACCAGGCUUUUUUAAAAGAUACUGUAGGAGAAAAUGAGGAAUUAAGUAAAGAAAUACUUGCAUUGGAAAAAGAACUUUCUCAACUUGAAAAACAAUGUUCAAAAGAAGCAAGCAGCUUAGCAAUGCAACAGAAAAUAGCGGAUGACCAAGCUCGAGAAAUGAAAAUGAUGGAUGACAUAAAAGCUCAAUAUAAUAAUAGGCUUGCUAAAGCACAUGCUAAACCUAGUAAAAAAGAUUUAGACUUACUUGAAAAAUGCAGGAAAAAGCUAGAGGCUUAUGCAAAACUGACAGGUGUUGAUUGGGAUUUCGACUCAUGUGACAAAAAUACGUUAUCUGGUUAUGUUCGUAAUGCCACUGAUACAAAAAUGAAAAUUUUUAAUAUAAAUAUCAAUGGUAAGAGCCGAGAAGAAAUCGUUGAUGAAAUGUGGAAGGUGAUAAAAAAGUAUUCAAAGGUUUAAAUAUAGAUUAUUUAAUAAUGUUAAUUGUGCUAAAUUG